CUAAAAUCUAAAAUGCUGUGGGACAUGUAAAAGAAAAAAUGUUGUUCACAUGAAAAACAGCCAUCACAAUUAUUUCUCAGGUAUUGUAGCCCAUACUAAUUAAUUAGUAAUAAUCAGCUACAAUAUUUGUUCAUUUUGCUCAAGCAAAAUGCACUAUUGUAGCUUUUAGCUUUCAAGAAUGGGCCAUAUCAAUUUCUUGAAAUUUUUUGUUUGAUAUUUUUUUUUUCUAAAUCCUACAAGAAUGGAGUAUUUAUCUGUUAUGGCAGUUGCUGUGAGUGUUUUAGAACUUGUGUUUCUUCAAAGUAGUGUGAGUUGUGAGAAGCCUGCUGUGGUGAAAGUUGGUGCUGUCUUCACCUUUGAGUCUGUGAUUGGUAGAGGUGCUAAAACAGCCAUGGAAAUGGCAGUUGAAGAUGUGAAUUCAGACCCCACUAUUCUCAAUGGGACUCAUAUGGAGUUGCUUAUGGAGGACCUCGGUUGCAGUGUCUUCAUGGGCUCAAUCAAAGCUUUCAAGGUGAUAGAGAAUGAAGUAGUGGCCAUAAUAGGCCCUCAGUCGUCUGCCAUAGCGCGCAUCAUCUCACACAUAGCCACCGGCCUCCAAAUCCCCGUGGUCUCGUAUGCAGCCACGGAUCCGUCCCUCUCCUCCCUCCAGUUCCCCUUCUUUGUCAGGACAGCGCCUCCCGACUCCACACAGAUGCUUGCCAUGGCUGAUCUGGUGGACCUGCACGGCUGGAAGGAGGUGAUCGCGGUGUUUGAGGACACGGACUAUGGCAGGAACGCGGUGGCUGCACUAGGCGAUGCUCUCGCCACGAAGAUGUCAAGAAUAGCCCACAAACUCCCCCUCUCCCCUCUCCACAACUCCACUGAGGUCACUGAUGCUCUGCUCAUGUCAAAGUCACUAGGCCCUCGUGUCUACGUCGUCCACAUCAGCCCUGAUCCAUCGCUCAGAUUCUUCAAGAUUGCAAGGGAUCUUGGGAUGAUCUCUGCAGAGUAUGUGUGGCUUGCAACUGACUGGCUCACUUCAACUCUUGAUUCCUUUCCCAGUGGUCAAGCUGCCUUUGAUCUCAUCCAAGGUGUUGUCACACUACGCCCUCGUGUGGCCACCACGGGCGAGAUGCAGGGGAAGGGGCUAACUGUGUACGGGGUGUAUGCAUACGACACGGUGUGGCUCGUUGCUCUUGCAGUCGACAGGUUUCUGAGAGAGGGAGGAGGGAUCACCUUCUCAUCAAGUGUGAUGAUACCGCAGAUGCAAACUGUUGAAAAUUUCAAGGUUUUUGAUGGUGGGGAGGCUCUGCUGCAGCUGCUGCUGUCGCCCGCCUCCAACUUCUCCGGGUUGCAGGGUCGGAUCCGGUUUGAUGACUCGCGGAGCGUUGCUGGGACCGAGUACGAGGUCCUAAACGUCGUCGAGGAUGGAUGUGUGAAGGUUGGUUUUUGGGCUAAUCACACUGGUUUAUCUGCUCAAAGCCCUGAGUCUGUCAGGACUCGGGGCUUUGAGCAGAGCCUCGGCCGGGUCAUCUGGCCCGGCGGGGUGGUGCAACGGCCUCGUGGAUUUGUGGUGGCGACUGCGGAGAGGCCACUGAGAGUCGGGUUCCCUAACCGGAUCAGCUUCAGUGACUUCGUCUCCGAGCACAAUGACAGCAGCAGCCACGGUGCUGCUGCACAGGGCUACUGCAUUGACCUGUUUCUCGAGGUGCUGAGGCUCGUCCCCUACGACGUUCCCCACAGGUUCGUCUCGUUUGGGAACGGCCUCAGGAACCCGAGCUACGAUCAGCUCGUGAGACUGGUUGCAGAUGAUGUUUUGGAUGCAGCAGUGGGGGAUAUAGCAAUUGUGACAGACAGAAUAAAGAUAGUUGAUUUCACACUGCCUUUUGCUGCCACAGGGCUUGCCAUUGUGGCUCCAUUAGGCAACUCAACAUCAAAUGGUUGGGUGUUCAUCAAGCCCUUCAGCCUCGAGCUGUGGUGCGCGGCUGCGGUCUCGUUCGUCGUCAUAGCCGUCGUCAUCUGGAUGCUCGAGCACCGUGUCAACGACGAAUUCCGAGGCCCCCCUCAGAGACAGCUCAGAACAAUGUUUCUUUUCAGCUUCUCCACUCUAUUCAAAGCAAAUUACGAAACCACGGUGAGCACUGCAGCAAAGCUAGUGAUGGUGGUGUGGCUCUUCUUGUUACUAGUGAUCACAUCGAGCUACACGGCGAGCCUGUCGUCGAUCCUGACGGUGCAGCAGCUCUCGACGUGCAUCACGGGGCUCGACUCUCUGGUCUCGAGCGGGCUGCCAAUAGGGUACCAAGUGGGAUCAUUUGCCUACAGCUACAUGACCAACAGUCUCAACAUCCAUCCAUCUAGGCUUGUCUCCUUGGGCUCCCCGGAGGAAUACGCGGCUGCGUUGAGACGAGGGCCCGGCAACGGAGGCGUGGCCGCCAUUGUGGAUGAAACGCCGUACGUGGACCUCUUCCUGUCGAAGCAGCCCGACUAUGGGAUGGCCGGGCAGCCAUUCACCAAGAGCGGCUGGGGCUUUGCUUUCCAGAAGAACUCUCCCCUUGCAGUCGACGUCUCCACAGCAAUCUUGAAGCUCACGGAGAGUGGCCAGCUCGAGAAGAUCAACAAAAAGUGGUUCUGCAAAUCGGGCUGCCCGGGGGAGCAGGGCAAGAAGCCGGAGCCCAACGAGCUUCACCUCAACAGCUUCUUGGUGCUCUACGCUCUCACCGGAAUAGCUGCAGCCGCAGCUUUCUCUGUCUUCCUGGUUAGAGCUGUGAGGCAGUACAUAGACUACAAGAGGAGGCAAGUGCAGAGGGACCCUUCUUCCCUUGCAAUCUCGAGCUCCUCGGAUUUCGUGUUUUCGAGGGCCAUCCACAACUUCUUGCAGUUUGUUGAUGAGAAAGAAGAGGCGAUCAAGAGAUUUUUUGCUCAGGAAAAUGCAGCUGAUCCAACAGAAGUGAGUAGUAGAUGAAUGUUGUUGUACAUUUUGUAGCAUGUUAGGACAUAACUCAAUUUUGUUUUUGUUUUUGUUUUUGUGAAAAGUAGUUAGUUAAGUUAGUUAUUUGGCUGAAUUUGAGACAUUUGUUGUGUGAUGAUUUGAGUUUAGGAGUCAUGACACAUGUGGUUGGUUUUUGUGGUGCAAGAAGUCUAGAUUUGUUUGGUGUGUGACCAAACCAUGAGUAGGAUUAUUUUUCGUUGUUAUCGAUGCAUGUUACGUGUAUUUCUGGAACGAAUAUAAAAUAUUCCCUUAAUUCCAUUUCA